ACCGCUAUGGCCGCGCAGUUUUGCUGUGGAGUUGGGGGAUAAUCGGCUGACGAGGGGCCGGUACAGCCGGGAAAGGUUGCUGGUUUGCCCGUAGGUGAAGCAAGAGAGUCCGGCGUGUGAUGUAGGCCUCGACGUGAACACUGCUCGCUUAACAGUUCUCUAGUACUGUACAGAUCUGACUUGCAGGACCUUUCACGCUGCUCUGGAGGAAGAUUAUUUUAUGAAUUCGUGUGGCUUUUAUAGGAAUGUUUAGUCUGAUGGCGAAUUGCUGUAAUUGGUUAAAACGUUGGCGGGAACCAGUGAGAAAGGUGACGUUGGUGAUGGUGGGACUGGAUAAUGCUGGGAAAACGGCAACCGUGAAAGGUAUCCAGGGAGAGUCUCCUGAAGAUGUGGCCCCAACGGUUGGAUUUUCAAAGGCCGACAUUAAGCAAGGGAAAUUCGAUGUCACGAUGUUUGAUCUUGGUGGUGGAAAAAGAAUCCGUGGAAUUUGGAAGAACUAUUAUGCGGAGUCCUAUGGAGUGGUGUUUGUUAUCGACUCCAGCGAUGUGGAGAGGAUGGAAGAAACAAAGGAGACGAUGACAGAAGUUCUAAGACAUCCCAGGAUUUCAGGGAAACCUGUAUUGGUGUUGGCAAAUAAGCAAGACAGGGAAGGGGCAUUGUCCGAAGCAGACAUUGUGGAGUUCCUCUCGUUGGAAAAACUGGUGAAUGAAAACAAAUGUCUGUGUCAGAUUGAGCCGUGUUCAGCGAUGAUCAGCCAGGGGAAGAAAAUUGAUAAAUCUAUAAAAAAUGGGUUGAAUUGGCUGUUAAGUGUGAUAGCAAAGGACUUUGAAACGCUACAUGAACGUAUUCAGAGGGAAACGGCAGAACAGAGAGCCCAAGAAGAACAAGAUAAACGUGAAAGAGCUGAGAGGGUGAAAAGGAUACGAGAAGAAAGAGAUGAAAAAGAAAAGGAGGAUGCAGAGAGGGAAGGGACUCGGGCAGAUGAGGAGGACUCCAUUCCUGUGGUCAAUCCUUUCCAGCCCAUAUCGGCUGUGAUCACUGAGAAUGAAGAAAAGAUCAGAAAAGAGAAGGAAAAAAAGCGACAAAAGAUAGUUAAUGGGCAAAAUGGAAUUGAUAUACCUCUUGAAUCAAAGAAUGAGGCGCACAUGGAGUCUGGGAGUGAGUGCAGUCAACGAAGCCAGACACCCCCAGAGGGUCAUUUACUGGAAGCUUACAAAGAUGCUCUAAUCCAGAAGCUGGAGCAAGAUGAUGCCGUCUGUAACUCUUCUGAACGAGGGGAUUCAGCGCAUAGUAAAAAGAAAGUAAAAAAGCUUAAGUUAAAAAGGAGUCACAAAGUCGAGCCCGUGAAUACUGAGGAACCCGACCACAUGAGUCCAGCCACACCUGCACCUCCGUUACCUGUUGGCUGGGGAACCCCAAAAGUUUCUAGACUUCCAAAACUUGAGCCUCUUGGAGAAACACAUCAUAAUGGUAAUUGUAAAAUGCCUUUAUUUUCUGUUUCUUCGCAUGCUAAUCACUUUCCAUUUGCAUGUGAUCACUUAACCAUUAACCCUCGAAGUAAACACCAUUUUGCCGCUUUCUUUGACCAUUCUGAGCCGCUGUAUGUUCUUAACAGAUAGAAACACAAGGGUACUGCUUUCCUCCCCUUAUGGAUUUACUUAUAUAUUCCUAUGGAAAUUGGCUUAUAAUCCUCAAAAAGAAAAAUAUUUGUACAUUUAUUUAAAAAAAAAUUAUCAAUCUAAUUUUGGGAAUUGUACUCGCAUGUUCUACAUCUCUACCUAGCAAAAAAAUAUUUGAGCCGUACGUUCACAGAUUUGUAAAGCUACUAUUUUUUUUAGAAAGAAAAAACAUUUGUAUGCAGGAUGAGAAAUAUCACUUGUUUUAAUAAAUCACCCAUACCUUAGUGUAUGUAAUUAAAUAAAAUGGUUAGAAAUAUAGUAACAUCGUGGAAGUGAGAAGCAUUUACCCGAAUACCAUCGCUCACGGUAUCCCUCAAUUCACAUACAUGCAUGUUUCCGGUACGGUUAUUAUAUAUGGUGCGCUCUAUGUUUUUGGGGUUGCUUGUGCAAUUAAUUGCCCACUUUCAGAUAUGUUAAAACAGAUUUCACACAUGGACCUUCUGCUUUUGCUAAUUUGUCCACUAAUUCUAAUGUCUGUCUUAUGUGUAGCUUUUUAUGUGUUAUGCUUUUACUCUAAAUAAAUAACCAACUAACAACU